CUCCAACUUCUAGAAGGCUGCAGACGAGUAUGGCGAGUGGGUGUCGCUGCGCGAUCCUUGAAUGAGGAACAUUGUGUGUGAAAAGUGUCAAAUUUAAUCCCCUUCGUCCAGUGGAAGUUACUAUUUUCGAAGUGUUGAUCGCUGACUUUGACAGCGAGCAAGGACAUCGCCGCCCCCAGUGACAAGUGCUUCGCCGGAAGAUGGUUUUCAGCAACCGAGACGCUCCCAUAGACGACGAGCUCGACGCCGACCUGUCUGCCUACGUUCCGGGCUGGUCGACACGCAACGGUCCCUUCGAUUUGGCCCCCGCAGCCCCUCCCCCAUGUUAGGCUGGCUCCCCGAUGAGCGACGGGUCCCGGGGCAGGGCCGAGCACCGCGUGGAGCACUGCGUCAUAGACAUGGACUGUGUGGACUUGCUGGACGUGGACGACUUUGGACUGCCGGACGACCUUCUUCUCGACGAUCUGGAUGUCGACUGUCCCAUUCCUCCGGACUCCGAUAUCCUCCAACAGUUUCCAAAUGAUUUGGAAAUUCCCAUGCUGCUGGAUGACUCGCCAAGCUACGGCUCGGACGACCCCUGCCGCAACUAUGUCCUGGACCCGUUUCUCAGUGGCCUGGACGAUGCCUCGGAGUGGGGCCCGGACGCGUUUCCCAACCUGAGGCCAGCCACUGAGGAUGCAGCGCCUGUGCUCUUGAACGACAUUAAAGAGGAGAUAAAGGUUGAGCCAGACUUCCCGCCUUCUCCUCCUCCCUCGAGCGCUGGCUCCACGUCCAGCUUGUGCAGCACGGAGCUAUGGCCAGCAGCCGGCGCGCCGGCCACCCGGGGCCAGGGCCAGGGUCAGGGCGACGCCAAGACAAUAGAAGUGCAACCCCUUACUCCACCUUUUAUAGACAACAGUCCUCCAGAGUCUCCUGAGGUGAUAAGUGAGUUUAUCUCAGUCAGUAACAAUGCAAAUACGCCUUCUCCAACAAGUUCCCCAGCUCCUCAUGUUUCUGAAGCUCUUGUACAAAUAAUGCCGUGUGGUCUCAAAUUAAAAGCCAGUAAGCAAGUGACCCUAUCACAGAGACCAGCACCUUUCUUAAAGCCCAAACCCAGUGUUGAACCAUCAUCAGAGAACACACUUAACACUUCUGUCUGUAAGGCAACACCUGCCACUGUGAAGACUGUAACAUUACCUUCUUCAAUUCCUGUUGCAGGAGACAAAAGAAAGACAAUUGUUCUUUCUGCUAAGGAUUUUGCCGCCCUUACACAAAAAGUGAGAGGCAAUCAAUCAACAUGUACUAUUGGUGUCAUUAAUGGCACAAAGACUGUUCCGACAACAUUGAGAUUACAAACACAACCUACUAAUAAAUGCGCAACAGUUCCCCCCACAUCUACUCAGCAACUUGUGGCACCAAUGGCGGUAGCCUCUACGGGUCCAACAGCAGUUCCUACUUUUGCUCAAGUCAUAACACCAGGCACAGGGCCUGCAAAGGUACCCUUGAUACCAUGCCAAACCAUUACUAACUCAUUGCCAGCUGUCGCCACUAUUCCUGUCUCUGCCAAUGCUGUCAGACCUUUACAGUCGUCUGCCUUCUCGGUCAGCAAGGCCUCAUCAAAUCCAGUCAAAAGAGAAAUGGAGAUGAAAGCCAUCAAAAGGCAGCAGAGAAUGAUAAAAAAUCGGGAAUCUGCAUGUCUAUCACGCAAGAAGAAGAAAGAGUACGUGUCAUCACUUGAAGGAAGAUUAUCGGACCUGGAACAAGAGAAUGUUCAACUGAAGCUUGAAAAUGAAGUUCUCAGAGAACGCCUCAGUGAGUUUGAAAAUGCCAUGUCUUGGACUAAAACACCUGCCUUUUCAGUGAAGACAAAGAAAGCAACGGCCCUUCUUGUAGUCCUCUUCAUGUUCUCUUUACACUUUACAUCUUUCUCAUCAUCAGUGAGCAAGAAUAAUGAGCCACUCACCAUGAGCAGUUUAGAUGUAGGUGGAGGGCAGAGUCUCCCUGCUUCCAUGACUCGACAAGGACGUUCUUUAUUGUGGGCACCAGCUGCUGACAUAUCAAGUAACAGUACAGGCUCAGAAUAUCUCACAAGGAAUUCUACUGGCACAGGGUCUGCCCAGCCUAUUUGUCCUCUAUAUAUUAACCAAACAGAGUCUAUAAGGCUCGACAGUGAACUGCGUCGCUGGAUUGGGUCAGAUCCUGAGCACCCUUAUGACCAGACUCAACAAGAAGCUCUUAAAUCCAAACAUUUUGACAAUAACAAGAAUAGACCGAACUACAAGUUGUCUGAAACCUCUCAAGAACAAUCCGUAGGAGCUGCCAGCAAUAUGGCUGCCAUGCCCUCAACAGAAACUAAAUUUGACAAUGGCUUCAAAGAUAAACGCACUAAAUUGCGCAGAAAGUCUCUUGCAAACAGGGCUUCAAAGAAAAGUGCGAAUGCUAUAAAUGAGGUGGAAGUAUAUGGAGUUCGACCACCUCUCUAUGAUUACACAGCAUUUUUAGACUCUUUCCAACGACGUGAUGACACAUUUUAUGUUGUUUCAUUUUCUGGUGAUCAUAUUCUUUUACCAGCUCAGGCUCACAAUACAUCCUCAAGACCCAAAAUGUCCCUUGUCCUCCCAGCGGUCCCAAUCAACAAAUCAAUGUUUGGGCUGAAUCAUAUCAGAAUGAUGCAGAUUGAUUGUGAAGUGAUAAAUACCCAAAUGCUGCACGUUCGCCAAGAUGAUAUACCAGCCCAUAUGCGACCCUCCGCAUUCGACCGCUUUUCCAAUGCUUCAACUGAAAAUAGUGGUUCUACAGGGAAUGAUUCUUCAUCUACCUCCUCUCCAUCUGGCAAUAUUGCUUCAAGAUCAAGCCCAUCAUCAGAAACCUUUCACAACUCAUCGCAGACAGAACAAAAUUCCCCUUCACCUGUACAACCUUCAUACAAGCCUUAUUUUGUAAAAAAUGGUUACCGAGAAAGACUUCUACUGUCACCCUCCCAAAUUGAGAAAAUGAACACAGCUUUCCUAAAAGGCAGGAAUGUAAACCAACAGCGUAAUGAGGUGAACAGUACCUUAAGCGCAGAAAGUAAACCUUCAAAAUUAGGCGACUAUCCAUAGAAAAUUACAAAUUAUUUAUGCUGUUCAUAUUAACUGGUUGGUUAUUUUAUACAAGGCUGUGAUCUCCAAGGACAUCUGUGUUUGUGAGUAACUUCUAUAAUUUUUCAGGAUUUUGUAUGAUCUCUGUACUUUUUUUAGACCUUUAGGUUUAAUGUGUUUCAAAUGCGUACUGUAGGUUGUUGAUGUACAAAUUUCAUUCUAUGUUAAGAGUCGCAUUUGUCAAAACUAGUUAUAAAUUAACCCAUAUCAAAUCACAAAAGGAACUGAGUUUAGUAGCUGUUAUUAUGUGGUUACAUAUAGAAAAAUACCAUUUCUGGAUUAGGUACCUAUCUUGUCCGCAUUUUCCUACUAAAUGAUUGUGUUCCAUCAAUGUUUCAGAGAUAAAAUUGAUAGGUUUAGGUUUUUAUUUCUGGUAACCAGAUUUGCACAAUUAUGCUGUCAAAUACUGCUCGUGUGCUCUGUGAAGUAAUUAUGUUCAGUUUUUGGACUUUGAUUUUUAAUCUAAUUCCUUGUAGCUCAAAUUUUUCUAAUUUUGUUUGGUUCUGGUUUUAAUUUUGCACCAACUGGCACUCACAUAGUUUACUUGUGCUUUUAUUCUUCUUUUGGUGUUUUAUAUUAUUGAACAUUGAGUAAAGAGCCAUCCUUCAUGUAUGCCAGCUUCUUAUUCAAUAUCAAUGUUUCUACUUUUUUCAAAUUACCUCUGAUGAACAAAAUUUUUUUUAUAGAAAUCUUCAUUUGACUUCAUAUGAACUGUAAUUUCCAGUAUUACAUUGGUCUAGUCGUGACACAUGAAGUCCUAGUUCCCUUGAUUUGGAGUUUGCUUUUUUUUCUUUAAUGAGAAUAAAACAAGAAACAGGAUUUAGAAACUUGGUUGCUUUGAGUUGCAUGAUUAAUCUACUUACUGUAGAAAGCUUUAUGUCUCAUUACAUUCUCAUUUUUCUCCAUUGUUUCCCCAGAUUUUUUCUAUCUUUAUAAAUGUAUGUAAAUUUUUAUCUCCUGUUAUUGCUUCUGCACGGGUGUUAAUAAUGUUUGUUCUUGUAGCUCUUAUUUAUUUAGGGAACCUCUCUGACCACUCAAGCACAAGUACCAGAGUCCGG